AUGCGCGUUAGUCAAUGGAUGUAUGAUGGACUGCGGCACGGCUUGUGCCCAGCAGCCCACAGGAUUGCGCUGCGACAUGCCGACGCGUCCGCACACCCCAUGCUCGCGCAUCCUAUUCACGACGUCCAUACGAGGCUGAGGCAGCGUCGGCGGUAUGCAGCGACGCCAAUUAGAACGGGCGGGACGGUCGACAUGGCCGGAGCGGGUUCUGCGACGGCAACUCGAUCUGCGGCGCCUCAUGGAGCGCCAGGGCGACGUUCCGCCUGGGAGGACCGUCUUCUUGGUCCGACGUCGCCAACCGAGGCGACCCUGAUGGGUUCACCGGUGGAAGACAUCAUCGGUGCCCUCCUGGCGAUGCGUGACCCUCGAGGCUGGAGCUACCAUGGCCAAGACAUUGACCGCCAUGGACGGAUCAUCCAGCUCGUCCGCCAUCUGCUCGAAGUCCGAGGUCAGCCUGCGAGCCCUCUCCUUUACGAAUGCAUCAUGGACGCCAUGAUCGAGCCCAAGGGUUCCGCGAAGGGGAUGCGCAGGCUCCUCGACGACAUAUCCGUCCUGGGAAUGAAGCCGACCGAGGCCAUGUGCCGAAGCGCGUUGGCAGUCCUCGCCAAUCACCCGGAUUACGUCCUACGCCAGUCGAUACUAGCCGUCAUGCAAGAAUUCUGGUUUACGGUCGAUACUUCCUCGAGGCAGAGUGUGGUGCUCGGCCUGCUGCGCGAUGGACAAUACGAGCUGGCGUACGCCAGGUUGUUGGAGAAGGAAAGUCCAGUCGAAGGGUGGACGUAUGAUAUCUUCAUCAUGGUCUUCGGCAAGCUAGGUUUCGUGGACGAGAUGAUGCAGCUUCUCCGUCGCAGGAAGAUGCUGCUGCCUUCGGAUGGCGCGGUCCCAAGGCUUCUACACUACGCUUUGGAUGUCUGCAGCAGGUAUUUCCACCACGCAGGGACCGUCUAUUGCUGGAACGGCACGGUCAAGGGCUCCCCGCUGCAGGUUCCCGACGGCAUUGUCGAAAACGUGCUGGCGACGGCGGCGCGGCACGGCGAUGCUUCUCUGGCGACGGAAGCGCUCGACAUGAUUGCCCAGAGGACCCGCGUUCUGGCUUACCACUACGAGGCGGUAGCCGAGUCGUUCGUCAAGAGCGGCGACAUGGUAGGCGCGUUGCGCGUCCUCUGCAUCAUGAAGGGAAACGGCAUCUGCAUCGGGCGUGGGAACACGCGAGCAAUGCAUGCGGCAAUGAGGCGCAAGCCGAAACUCAUCGGCGAUGUCGAGUCGGCCCUCAGGAGUCUGGACAUUGGCGGCCAAGCACCGGCAGCCGUGGUCGACCUGGUGUUGGAGGCGACGGCGGAAAUUCAUGGUGGCGAAAGGGCGAUGGAUCUCUACGGCGACGUUGUGCAUCUGUGCGGCGAGCCGGCAGGUGCCCGAGCGAUGCAGGCUCUCAUCAUGCACUCCCGGGACGGCGAAACGAGGAACAGGUUGAUGCAAGACUACAUGCGCAACGUUACCGAGGAAGACGACCCGGUGCGCUACCCACGAGAGUACGCAAGGCUUAUCUCGGCCUGCGCCGAGGCCGGGCAGAUGGAUCUUGCGUUUCGGUUCGCGGCACAGGCGGUGUCGGCGUCUGCUUCGUCCGCUACCGGCGAGCAGGAGCUGACGUGGGUCAAGGCGCUGGUCGAACAGGCGGUUGCUUGCGAGGAUGGUCGGAUCUGGGACGUUGUGGACAAGCUGAGCAGUAUCGAGACGAGAUCAACCGUGCAGAGGGUGCUGCAGCAGUCGCGGCUGGCGAGGCGGGCGGCCCAGCGGAAGGAAGUUGGCGCUGCAUCGGCGAAGAGUUGA